AUGGAUGCUGGAUCCAGGCUUUGGGAACACCAGGACAGGGACGUGCUCACGGGGCUUCUCUCACAGGUUGGGCACGAGCCACUACCUCCAACUGUUGGAAGAAAUGUGCUGGGAAGGAAAGUCCUGUACCUGCCUGGCUUCUUCACCUACGCCAGACACAUCGUGGAAGUGGAUGGGAAAAGAGGCCUCUUCCGUGGUCUGACUCCUCGCCUCAUCUCAAGCACUUUAUCAACCAUCACCAGGGGGAGUGUGAAGAAGGCUUUUCCACUGGAAGACAUGGAGCAUGUGUCUAACAAGGAUGAUGUGAAAACUUCCCUUAGGAAAGUGGUGAGAGAGACAUCCCACGAGAUGAUGAUGCAGUGUGUGUCCCGGGUUGUCUCACAUCCACUGCAUGUGAUCUCCAUGCGCUGCAUGGUCCAGUUCGUGGGCCGGGAAGUCAAGUACAGUGGUGUGUUCAGUGCCAUUGGCAGGAUAUUUAAGGAAGAAGGGAUCCUGGGAUUCUUUGUUGGUUUAGUCCCUCACAUCCUGGGGGAUGUCAUCUUCCUCUGGUGCUGCAACCUCGUGGCUCACUUCAUCAACACCUACGCAGUGGACGAUAACUUCAGCCAGGCAUCAGUGAUCCGGAGCUACACAAAGUUCGUGAUGGGGAUUGCUGUGAGCAUGCUGACGUACCCAUUCCUUCUCGUGGGAGAUCUCAUGGCAGUGAACAACUGUGGGUUGCGCGCCGGCCUCCCUCCCUACGCUCCCGCUUUCACAUCCUGGAUCCACUGCUGGAGGUACCUCAGUGCUCAGGGGCAGCUGUUCCGUGGCUCCAGCUUGCUCUUCCGCAGGGCUCCCAUCCCAGCUGCCUCCUUCCCCAUCGACUGAUCCUGGGCAGGGGCAGCUGAUGGACGUGGACUCCUCCAGAAACCCCAAGCUUGUUUCGAUAUGUGUAAUGUUUCUAUUCUCCGAUCCGAAGUCCACGGUGCCAGAACUGGCACCUCCUCUCCAGCAAGGCCAGUGACUGACUGGCUUCUGGACAUCUGGCUUCAGGCUCCAGCUGGACCAAAGCUCCAUCCUCAUGGCUGUCUCGACUGGGAUGUGUAGCAGAGAGAGCAGAAGGGCGUUUGUCUUGUCUCUUUGGUCCAGGCUGUAGCUCUGGAGUCACUGGGGAAGUCCAGGAAUCCAGAAAAUGCCCAGGUACUAAAGGAGCUGCAGGGAAAAAAGACUGCUUCGUGCUGCCCAAGCUGAGAAGCAGCAGGAGAUCCAAGGUCACCUCGCUGCAAAGGUUAUGCCAGGUGACCACCCUCCUGCCUCAUCCUUCUGGAGAGGGCACACCUUUGUGUGGCAGGGAGCUCAUCCUGGGCAAGAUCAACCUGGGAUCCAUAUUUAAGGUUUAAGGGUACCUGAACACCUGGGAGCAAAACAGAGAAGGGAAACAAUCCCACUACAAAGAACAGCAGAGUCCCAGAGAGACAGGUACAGCUCAGCUCAGGGCAGUGUUGGGACAUGGACAUGGAGAGAGUGCUUGGGGAGGGAUAUAUGCUGCUGAUGUCAGGGCUUUGGGAAGGGUCUUUGUAUUUAAGGUUCAUCCAGCAGAGCUGCUGGUGUGGGCUGGGCAGGCAGGGAGGGGAGCUGGGUUGGACUGGCCCGACUGCUUUGAUGGGCAUCUCCCAGGCAGCAGCACCAGGAGCCCUGCUGGGCUCCCAAACCCCAGCAUUCCCCCUUCACUGAUGGACAUGGAGGCACUGGAUGCCAGUGCUGCCCACAAAGGGCUCAGGGCAGCAGGGGCACACAGCCCAGGGCUGCCUGGAAUAAAGGAGCAAACCUGGAGCUGGCCAAAGGCUCAUGAGGCACUGGGGUCAAGGGCUCACGGGAGCACGGCUGGCUCUGUGUGUGUAGCAGAGCUCACAGGUGGCAUCAGGGCAGGAUUUGUGCUCAGACAAGAGUUUUUUUGCACCAGUCUGUGCUGUGAUGGCAGCCAGGCAGAUUUCCCCAUUUUGGUUCCCCCACGAAGCAGUCUUUUGCACAGAGGUGAUGCUGCACUCCCUGGGAAGAGGUUGUGGGGUCCAUGAGCAGGUUCCUGUGUGCUGCAGCAGCACCAGCUGGGGUCACAUCUCAUCCUGGUCCUCUGGGGACCCCGGCCUGCCAUCACACAGGGUUUUUCUCCAUCAGGCAGGGUCGAUCCACACUUCCCAGGCAGGGUUUGCAGGACAGUGGUGGUACUUGCUGGGACUGGCAGUCCCCACCCAGCUCCCUUUGGUGUAGUGAAGUUGGUCCUGUCUGUCCUCCCUCCCUCCCUUCCUCCCUCCCCAUUUGUGCUACAGUAACAGAAGUUAAAUAAUGCAUGGACCUGUUCCCUAACACCAGAGAUGAUUUCAAAGAGGAUUUAAUUAUGCUCCAAAAUACAGCUAUAAAACAA